AUGAAGGCACCUCUUCGAGACCGCAUGGCUUCAAACUCCCCAGGCCCGAUGAAGAGCUCAAUUCUCCAAGCCUCUGAUAUGGACUGGAACUCUCCUCCUAGCUCCUCGACAACCUCAGAUCCAACCUCGCCUCUACGACUGACGAAGCGAGACCCACAACAGCCAACGCAAGCAGACCUCGCUCGCCGUUCUUCAUCUAGUUAUAGAGCAAUGAGGACCAACAAUCUCGUCAGCAAAUCUCCCUUUAAAUCUCAAAUCCCAAUACCUUCGACUCCUUCGCGACAACCCGUAGUCCCCGUACUUUUCCCUACUCGCAGAGUUUCCGGCGAAAAGCGACCUCGCCCGCCCUCGAUGCAUUCCCAGGCAGAAGAGGAGAAUGAAAGGCCCUUUGCACUCAAACGAGAAAGAAAACAGUCGAAGACCUUUCAAGGAUUGAUUGAGAAAGAGCCAGUAACCAAGAGCCCUUUUCGCCGGUUGCCUUUCAAGCCGGAUGACAAUGUGCCUCUUCCACCAGCAUCACCACCCACUGCACCACAUCCUCAGGAACAUGAGCUCACGCAACCCAAUCCACCGUUUACUUCUCAAAUUCCAAUACUUGGGUCAGGAUCGCCGCUUCGUCCAUCCCUAGUUUCCAAGCGAAUGCAUGGCCCCCGGCUCAGUGGGGAGCGACGUCGCACCAGGCGCAAAACUGUCACAUGGGACCCUCAUAUGGAUGUCGUGGAGAUCGAUCGCCUUGAAUACAGUGAUGAGAAUGCUCUCGAUACUGACGAAGAGGAUGAGUAUGGCGACGACGAUAUGGAGGACCCCUUCUUCCAAGGUCAGCAUUACCAGCAGGGAGAAGCUACUGACAGCGUUCCAAACCUGGACACAAGUCCGAAUCCAAAUGAUUCAUACGAAAGCGUUGAUUUGUCUGAUUCUGGGAACAACGAAUCGAAUCCAGAUUUGCGCUUGGACGGCGACACUAGCAUUACUGGACUGGUGGAAGACUUAUUCGCUGGGCAUAGCGCCAACCUAACGAGUACGCCCCCUCGAGAUCAUCAUGAUCUCCCUGUAGACCUCGAGACGGAGGAUGGCGUCCCACUAGGCCGUUCGCACCAUCGCGAACGCACGCUAAAAUACCACCAGCAACUGCAUAACGAUUCGCCCGCGAAACAAAGUCCUAUUCCCUUCAAUCAUCCCAUCUCCAUCCCUUACGAUGGUUCAGGAGCUGCCUCACCUGUUCCCCCCUCCACCUCAACGCCACCUCGUCGUUCACCUAUAUCUUCCCCGCCACUCGGCAGAUCAACGCAUACUGAGCGAAUCCAAGCUGUAAGGAUGGAUGAACACACUAUUGACAAGGACGUGGAGAUGUUGCCGGACUCUCCAUCUCCCAUCAAACCGAGGCAGCAACUGACUUAUGAAUCAAGCGGAGGUCUGGAAGGGAUGAUUCCCAAGUUUGACUUGGGUGCUGCCGGAGUUCAAAGCACACCAGAUCGUACACACGUUUCCAUGAACGCCGACUUCGGAGACGAUCCGUUUGCUAUGCCAAAUAUCAAGGAUGAACGACUUCCAGAGGAAGGUAAUAGUAGCUACGUAUCUGCCUCCUCCGCCAACGAAAACGACCGCUCGGAGAUGAACUUAAGUAUGAUGGAGAAAGACCUUGGGCAGCCGAACGAGCGACUCUUGAAUACAUCGAUGGAAGAUGCUAGGUCUCCGAUGUCUCAUCCCGAUAUCUCCCUCUCUCAAUCACCCUCACUUCCAUCGUCUCGUUCAAGUAAAGACCAUUUCACUCCCCUUUCUCCAACGAGGCAUCUUGCCAGGCGCUCUCCACUUCCACCAAUUCCUGCGGGAGUGACACCUCAUUUCGGAUCACCGCCCUCUGGGAUAGUGUCACGGUCAACGCCAUCACCUAGAUUACGGCCAAAAAUCAGUAGAGAAGACGUCAGGAUGCGUCUAAUGGGUGCAAGGAGGUUUGGAAGUGGAAGUCCUGUGCCUCCACCUUCAUCACAAAACGAAGGAGAGAGGAGGACGGAGAGCCCACGUCAUUCAAUGAUUGACCGUGGCCAGGAGAAAGAUAUUGGCGAUAUCUUGGAUGAGGCACCGCCACCAUCAGAGAGGAUUAAGUCUCCAGAUGUGUCGAUGGUGACCGAGAACAGCGUUGAGGAAGCGACUAUCGAGACCGCGACGACCGCGAUCGUUGUUGGUGUAGCUCAGCACCAUCACCAUGCCCAAAUAGAUGAGGCAGAGGAGGAUCUUGAUGAGGUUGAUAGCGAUAUGCAGGAACAGCACGAUGAAUCAGAGGAAGAGGAAGAUCAUGAAGAGGAGUUUGGAGUCAGAAAAGCUCCCCCGAUGCUUGGAACCUUGGGACUCGGCGGGACGUCAUCCAAGUUUGACCUCGACUUUGGCAGUAAGUUCGGGCUCGGGAAGUUGAAUAUCGACUUGGGUGAUGCCGAUCUAGGAUCCUAUAAACCUGCGCGGACACCAUCUAGUCGGCGAGGUGGUAUCAACGGUAAGGAGAGUGUCGCUUCUCGUGCAUCUGGGGACUCGCUACACUCAAAGUCGAACUCCAUUACUAGUAGUAAUGUGGUCAGGAUGGGUGCAUCAGAGGAGGAUGUGAGUAUGGACAUGAGGAGUGCGCUGGAUAGGCUUAUGGACGAUGUUGGAGGAAAUGUCGAUCCACAGCAACAUCGCGAUCACUCGACGACUACUACAGAGGCAGAAGAUGCUGAAGGGCGUGACGACGAAGACGACGACGACGAUCAACCAUUGGGUCUCCGGGUUGGACAAAGUCACCAGGCGAAGGUCAUGAUGGAAUCUACAUUGCCAGACGCUCCAUUGAGUCGCACGGCCAGUGGAUCUUCCUUUGCGCCACCACCACCGCCAAACAAAGAUAAUAUCCGUUCUAGGGAGGCCAUGAUACUCCAGAAGAGACGGGAGAUGAGGAGAAUGGAGGACGAAGAAGAAGAUAUGCUAUUCAAUAGCGGGCACAUACACAUUCCUCCCAGAAAGAGUCGUGAUAUUGGCUUGGGCCGACCGAGUAGAAGGAGGAGUAUGAGCACCGGGGAUGUCCAAGAUCCAGUCAAAAGGGACAAAGCCAAAUUGGAAGUCGAUCCUGUCUCUGAGGAUCCGUUGGAGGAAAGCAUUGAAAAGGAACUGCAAAAAAUUGACGAUGAGCCCAAGAAGAAAUACCACAUUCGGGAGAGAGAAGCUAUUUACGCUUCGUCCGAUAUUUCUCAUAUGGCUGGCCCGGGAGACGUCAACGUUGGCAAGGCGUGGAGAGCCAUCCGACGACCCUCAGACAUGAACGAGUACUCCAAGCAGAUCAAGGAGUACCGCGCCAAUCAGAAUCCAGGUAAAGCCUAUGGCAAGGUAUUCGUCAAAGUGGUGGGCGUAAAGAAUCUCCAAGUACCAAUUCCUGAAGAACGAACUACGAUGUCCUGCACAUUGAACAACGGUAUUCAUUUCGUCACGACACCUGAAUGUCGGCUGGCGAAAGAGUGUGGGAUUGGUCAGGAGUUUGAACUGAUUGAACAUAGCAAACUUGAGUUCACACUCACCUUGAAGAUACGCCGAGAUCCGCAUAUAAUAACCCAGUUCAAAGCUUUGGCCCCUCCGCCACCACAACCACCACCCAUGGUACAGCAAACGUCAUCUUCGUCGAGCAAGCAUAGUGCCCGAGGUGGUGGGAUGUUCGGCCUCUUUUCGUCUUCCCCCAAAAAAUCGAAAGACAAGGAAAAGGAGCGAGUCUUGGCUGCCGCACAAUCCCAACCGCUGCCUCCCCCAGUCCAACACCGUUUACCAGAAAAUCUAGCUCGAUACAUGAAGUCAGAUGGAACCUUUGCCCGCGCAUUCAUAUCGUUCAAGGACAUCGCCAGCCGGUGUGACGCGAAACUAUUUGAGACAUCAAUUCCCCUUAUAGGACAGCGUCUGGAGCUUGGAGGCAAGGCGUCGAUGUUGCAAGUUGGAGAAAUGGUCCUUCAAAUGUUCAGACUCCCGCCUUUGGCUGGAAUUGCACCAGACCAAUUACCGCAAAGCUUGGAAGAGUGUCAUAGAGGCUUAAGACACGUCAAUUGGCAUAAAGUAACUUAUUUUGAAGGGACGCUGACGCAGAGCGGGGGUGAUUGCACUACCUGGCGUCGUAGAAGGCUGAGAGUUGUAGGAGGCAACCUCAUAGCUUUCAAUGACGUUACGAAGCGGGUGACCUCCACUAUCAACUUGAAAAAUGCCAUCGCAGUAGAAGAUGAUCAGGAGGGGACAAACAUGAUGAGCCCUGCUUCCGGUACGAGGAGUAAUCGGGAGUACGGUGGUUUAUACGGUGUGGAGCGUUCUUUCCACUUACUUUUCCCUGGGGGUGAAGAAAUUUGCUUCUUCGCUGACACAGACGAGGAGAAGGCACGGUGGUUGGAGAUACUUCGUGCGUUGGUUGGGCACAUACCUCCCCAUCCUCUAUGGGCCGAGCUGCUUUGGCAACGACAGACCGAUCUUAAUAGCCGUGCCAAUAUUAAUGCAACACAAGCUACUGCUGGUCGGUAA